GUGAGGAGAGAACGACGAGCGUCAAAACAGUAAUAGGCGCCAUGACACGUCGAAUUAUUCCUUAAUGAACUUCCCAACAACAACCACUAGACCGCGUCAAAAUGCCUCCCAAAAACAUAUACUGUACUCUGAAAUUCUUUCUGUUACCUCUGCUAUGCGCAAAAACUCGCGAUGGGCUUCCUCAACAAAUUUCAUGACCAGUACCCAGACAUCUGCGCUUGGAAGUAAUCUCGGACUGAGGAUAUCCAGCCCUUCGUUCAAUGCACGAUCUCAUACAAGGGGGAACCGGGAAGCUGAGCUUAUGGCAGGUUUUCAAGAGCUGAAGAGAGUUGUGAGGGAUGUGGGGGACAUAUCAUCUCUCCCGUUACCCAUCAUACUCUCUCCAUUUUUCGAAAUUAUUCGCUCCUCCUUGUCAACGGGUCCUAUCACGUCGGCUGCUCUCACCGCUCUCCACAACUUUUUUGUAUGCGGAAUAAUCUCUGCAAAGUCAAAUACUCUUGAUCUCGCUCUCAAAGAGCUAAGUACCACUGCUGCUCGAUGCAAAUUCGAGCCCAGUGACUCCUCCGGAGACGAAGUUGUCCUCCUCAAGAUCCUCACCGUCAUCCAUGACUGUCUGUGUGCCUAUGAUGUUGGAAAUGUAUUAGGAGAUGUAGAAGUUUGUGAAAUGCUUGAAACAGUCUUAACUACGUGUUGUCAAAUGCGGCUCAGUGAAAUACUUCGAAGAUCCGCGGAAAAUACUAUGCAUGCUCUCGUCAGAACUGUCUUUUCUCGACUCCAUCAUUUGGAUCCUGAAAUAGAAGAAGCCAAAUUGGAUGUCGAUGAUGAGGAAGCUGAGAUCAAGAUGAGCGUUUCAAGUACUCAGAUACACAAUCAGAUCGGCAGUGAAGAAGUAAGCCAAGAAACAGCUGUUGACGCGUCAGUUGAAGAGCAGGAAACCAAGGGACCUCAGACUCCUCCGUCUGCCGUUGUUACCAGAUCACAGUUUAGCUUGCCUUCAAUACUCGAGCUUCUCAGGGUGCUUGUAAAUGUACUCGAUCCAAACGAUCAACAACACACCGACUCAACACGCCUAGUGGUACUUGGAAUUUUGAAUUCUGCUUUCGAAGAAGCAGGACCCCGAAUAGGCGCCUUCCCGUCACUGAAAGCGCUUGUCCUUGAUCCAGCAUGUAAAUACCUAUUCCAACUAGCUCGUUCCGGAAACCUUACAGUUCUUCACGCGGCACUGCGCACAAUAUCUACCAUGUUUGAUACCAUGCGCGAACAUCUCAAAAUGCAACAGGAAUUAUUCCUAGCAUUCACUAUUGACAGACUUGCACCUCCACCCAUUGCCAAUACAAAAGGAGCGUCAUCGAAGAAGGCGGGUGUUACGGACUCUCCUCGACCUGGCACACCGACUUUGGGUCCAAUGGAGCCCGAAAAAGAUAGCGAGAACGGAAGUUCGACCCCAACGCGUAUCCUUGUUGCACCUGCUCGUGGAGAAACGCGAAAUCUUGUUCUGGAAACCCUCAGCCAAAUCUCCCGGCAUCCGAGCUUCAUGGUUGACUUAUAUACGAACUACGAUUGUGACAUCAACUGCGAAAACCUAUUUGAGCGGCUGAUUGACUUUUUGACCAAGUCUGUUUAUCCUACUCAUUAUCCCGCCGGUCUCGACGCUCAGCAACGAAAUGCUCAAUAUCUAUGUUUGGACUUGCUUCUGGCGUUUGUAAACGACAUGGCUAAAAGGGCGGAGGAAGAAUAUCAGAAAUGGCCUUCAGAUUGUCCGUCUCCGGAGUCUCUUUUACAAACCAAAUCCCAAAAGAAGCUCAUUUUGACUGGGGCAUCGCGGUUCAAUAUCAAACCCAAAACAGGGCUCGCAUUUCUCGAGGAAAAUGGGCUCAUCUAUGCAGACCUUUCAGAUCAGGUCGAUAAACCGCUUAGCUUAGCCAAAUUCUUGAAAAGUUGUAGUCGCUUGGAUAAACGUCUUCUUGGAGAUUUUAUUUCGAGACCAGAUAACCUCGACGUCCUCAGAGCUUUCAUUGGACUUUCCAACUUUAAAGACAAACCUAUCGCCGACGCUAUGCGGGAGUUACUGGAAAGCUUUCGUCUCCCCGGAGAAGCCCAACAGAUUGCCCGAAUCACCGAAACAUUUGCCUCGACGUAUUUUGCUGCCGGACCAGCUGAAAUCAAGAGUGAGGAUGCAGUUUACGUCCUUGCUUAUUCGGUCAUUCUGCUCAACACCGACCUGCACAAUCCUCAAGUCAGAAAACGAAUGUCAUUCGAAGAGUAUCAGCGAAAUUUGCGAGGUGUCAAUGAUGGAAGUGAUUUCUCGCCAGAAUUCUUGCAAGAGAUAUAUGAUACAAUACGGAAGCGCGAAAUUGUCAUGCCUGAAGAGCACACGGGUUCAUUGGGGUUCGAGUAUGCAUGGAAAGAACUACUUACUCGAUCACGGCAAGCAGGUCCUUUGGUGACAUGCAACACUCCGCUGUUCGACGUUGAUAUGUUCAAAUCCGUGUGGAAACCCGUCAUCUCCGCUAUCGCCUACGCCUUCAUCAGCUUCGACGAUGAUUACAUCAUCCAACGCUCCAUUGCUGGUUUCAGACAAUGCGCAACACUAGCCAAGCACUUCCGCCUUCCAGACGUGUUCGAUUUUGUCGUUGUCUCCUUGUCCCAGGCCACCAGUCUCCUUCCAGAUACCCUACAAACAAGCAUACCCAACUACCCGACUGUCGAAGUCGAAGGUCAAAAGAUUACUGUAUCCAACCUGUCGGUUAAGUUUGGAAUCAAUUUCAAGGGUCAACUCGCUGCUGUUGUGUUGUUUAACAUUGUCAAUGGGAAUGGAAAUGCUUUGCGCGAAGGAUGGACUCAGAUCUUUGAAAUGUUUCAAAAUCUAUUCGUUCAUUCACUUCUUCCUGCUCAGAUGCUUCAAAUGGAGGAUUUUCUGGGAGGGUCAUCCAUGAUUCCAUUGCGAGGCGCAAGCCCACAACGAACUGCUUCCAGAAAUGAUGGAGGUCUACUUUCAACGUUGUCGUCAUAUCUCAUGACUCCAUACGGUGCAAGUUCUGAUUCACUUGUGCCUGAUGCUACCGAGUCGGAUAUCGAGAAGACACUCUGCACCAUCGAUUGUAUUACGUCCUGCAGACUCGACGAGCUCUAUAGUCAAAUUCUUCAGCUUGAAACAGAUGCUCUGGUCGCAGCCGUCCGUGCUCUGGAAGCACUGGCGCAUGAACGGACCGUCGCGAAGCUAAAGCAGGAAUCUGAGGACCCUAUGUACCCCGCGCAAGACAACGCAUCCAUGCCCAUGCCUUAUGAUCCUGCUUCUGUCUAUCUACUAGAGACUAUGGUCAGUAUAUCAUGCCAAGUCCCGCAACACAUCGAAGACUUGUGGCCAAUUCUCUUCGAACAUCUAUCCGCUCUCCUCCAGCACGAUUCUGCCAGCCAUUACAGCAUCCUUCUCAUUGAACGCGCAGUGGUCGGAUUGUUGCGUCUUUGCCUCCUGUUAGCUCAAAAACCCUCACUUCGAGAUCAAAUAUAUGUGUCUUUAGAUCUUCUGUCAGGGCUUCCAUCGGAUGUAGCUGCGUCUGUGGCAGAACAAAUUGUCGUGGGGGUCAUCUCUCUAGUGCAGAAAUACAGGGAAAUUAUCAGGUCCCAGACGGAGUGGAAGCUAGUUUUCGCUUUACUACGAUCUACUAUUUCCCAUUCGGAAGCGGCCAAACUUUCAUUCAACCUAUUGAGCAGCCUCGUUGUCGAUGGACCUGAGCAGCUCGUAACGAUGGAUAAUUUUUCUGCUCUUGUAACGCUGCUCAAUGACUUUGCCACAUUGGCUGGUAGCACUGUAGAAGCGCAUCAAAAUCAAGGCCGCCGCCACGGGCCUUUGACAGCUGCUAACUCGCCGGCGGUGGAACGCGGACGCAAAGCUAUCGAAUUGUUAACUAGCCUCAAGAAGUUCUUCUCGCCCAUUAUCGAGUUUUCUGGUCUACAACGUGAAGAUGCUUGGGAACAACUUUUCUUGCCGCUGCUAACGUCAUUGAAAGACCAGUCGAGCAAUGCAGCUCGUGAAGUCCGGCAAGGCGCAAUCGGACAGCUUCAAAGAACACUGCUAGCCUCACAUCCGAUUCUAGAUGAAGCUGAUCCGAACCAAGUAGAACAAAUAUUCAACAAGAUCGUCUUCCGCCUCGUAGACGAUCUGUUGAAGCCUCACGUCUUUCAACGCGAUCCUCAGGGUAUGCCCGAAACAAGACUUAGGGCCUCUGCUUUACUCUGCAAGACAUUUAUGCACUUUGAGGUUCGGGAAAGUCAAUCGACAGCAGAUAUUAGAAUUUCGUGGAUUGGGGUACUAGAUUUACUCGACCACUUGAUGCAUGUAGACCAUGGCGAACAAUUGUAUGAAGCCAUUCCCGAGUCCUUGAAGAACGUCUUGCUCGUUAUGAAUGCGACUCAGAUUCUCGUCCCUCCCUCUACUAAUGAUGAACGGAGCGAACGACAGCGUACAUUGUGGACGAUGACAGCAGAACGAAUGGAGCGAUUCCUCCCCGGAUUUUUGACAGAGGUUAUACAUGUACCAGAGAUCUCCGAGGUUACACCACAGCCCACUGAAGCUGAAGCUCCAGCGUCGUAAUAUAUGUUACAUACUGUACAUUGUUACUUGUAAUCAUAAUCAUCUGGGGUGACCCUUCGAUAAGUGUUUACGAUGUCAGCUACAACCCACCUACAACAGC